AUGGCGGCGGCCCCGCUGUACUGUGUCUGCCGGCAGCCCUACGAUGUGAGCCGGUUUAUGAUCGAGUGCGACAUCUGUAAAGACUGGUUCCACGGCAGCUGUGUGCAGGUAGAAGAGCAUCAUGCUGUGGAUAUCGAUGUUUACCACUGCCCCAACUGUGAUGUCGUACAUGGACCCUCCCUGAUGAAAAAGCGCAACAACUGGCACAGGCACGACUACACAGAGCCAGAUGAUGGAUCAAAGCCAGUCCAAGCUGGCACCCCAGUGUUUAUCAAGGAGCUGCAGAACAGGACCUUUGCCAGUGGUGAGGAGAUUCUGAUGCGAAUGAAGGGUGAGCUGGUGACACCCAGGUACCUGGAGAGACACGGCUUCAACUACCCCAUAGUGGUCACCGAGAUGGAGGGUCUGGGACUCAAACUACCAGCCCCUACUUUCUCUGUCAAAGAUGUGGAGCAGUAUGUGGGUGGAAACAAAGUCAUCGAUGUGAUAGAUGUGGCACGGCAGGCGGACAGCAAGAUGAAGCUCAGCGAGUUUAUCAAGUAUUUCACCAAGUCCCAUCGACCCAAGGUCCUCAACCUCAUCAGCCUGGAGUUCUCUGACACUAAGAUGUCGGGGUUAGUGGAGGUUCCUGAUGUGGCUCAGAAGAUGUCCUGGGUAGAGAACUACUGGCCGGACGACUCCUUCUUCCCCAAGCCCUUUGUCCAGAAGUACUGCCUUAUGGGGGUCAAGGACAGCUACACAGAUUUCCACAUAGACUUUGGAGGCACCUCGGUCUGGUACCAUGUUCUCUGGGGGGAGAAGGUCUUCUACUUGAUCAAGCCCACUCCUGCCAAUCUUGCACUAUAUGAGGCAUGGAGCUCCUCGCCCAAUCAGAGUGAAGUGUUCUUCGGGGACAAAGUGGAGAAGUGCUACAAGUGUGUUGUGCCCCAGGGAACAACCCUGCUCAUACCUACAGGCUGGAUCCAUGCUGUUCUAACCUCUCAGGAUUGCAUGGCUUUUGGAGGGAACUUCCUUCACAACCUCAAUAUUGGCAUGCAGCUCAGGUGUUAUGAAAUGGAGCGUCGUCUGAAAACCCCAGACCUCUUUAAGUUUCCGUACUUCGAGGCCAUCUGUUGGUAUGUGGCCAAGAACCUCCUGGAAAUGCUAAAAGAGCUACGUGAGGACAACUGUCCACCAUCAACCUACCUAGUGGAGGGAGUCAAGGCUUUAAUCAGUGCACUGAAGACCUGGUUGAAAAGAGAGGUGACUGAGCCCACCAGUGAGGUACCAGACAAUAUCAGGCCCAACCAUCUCAUUAAAGAGCUGACCAAGGAAAUCCGCUACAUGGAGGAGGAACCAGUCAAUGGUAGCAAGCCAGUGAAAUCUCAGGGAAGUGGGUGCGGAGUAGCAUCUGGAUCGAACGGCUGCCCGGCCACUCGCUCCACACUGGAGAGGCUGUGCCAGGCCCGGCGGGCGAGAAGAGCUGCCAGGCGGCUGAGGGAGCAGCAGCGGCAGGCCCCCAAAGUGCCCUCCAACCUGGACAUCUUAGAGCAGCACACCAGGGAGGUGCUGAGGAGGCUGGAGGUGGGACCGCUGGAGGAGGAUCCGGCGUUUUGUGCCAAGGUUCAUGGGAAGCUCAACAAAGUGUCAACUGCAUCAGCAGCUGCUGCUGCAGAGUCUUUAGAGGACAACCACCUACGGCUAAUGCUGGUCAACGGCAGAAUCAUCAGAGAUAUGAGGCGGCCAGGCAGCAGCCCGGUAAAGACGGAGGGUGAGCGGUCAUCUGUUGGCCAAGGUCCACCAAAGAGUUGUGUGGAUGGGAAGUCGGAGAGGACACAGGACGGUGAAGAGCAGCACAGCAUGGUUGAGAAACCCACGCUCCUCAGGGGUCUGGAGAGGGUGAAGACUGAACUCAGGGAAGAAGUCUCAGGACACUCCAGUGUGUCAGACGUGGAGUCAGACAGUGACUCUCCCACAGAGCGUAAAGCAUCAUCAUCGUCGCCGUCGUCAUCAUCGUCGUCGUCGUCGUCAUCGUCCUCCUCCUCCUCUUCUGACGAGGAUUCAGAGAGUUCCCAGGAGGAGGAGGAGGAGGGGGAAGAGAGGGGCUCAUCUCAGCAGAAAGGCUCAGGGCACACCAUAGAGCUGGACCAGUCUGGCCAGAAACUCAGGCACAAACACAAACCACUCAAACGAGACCGUCCUACCUCACCCAGCACAGAAGAGGCCAUUCAGGGGAUGCUGUCUAUGGCUGGUCUGCUGUGCUCCUCCAAGCCGGAGAAGGUAGCCUCAUCCCAGGAGCCCUGGUGGUCCAGUCCGAGCCAGUGCUCGCGGCUGGAGCAGAGGGAGGCCGCGCAGCACCAGCGCCGACUGCAGGGGGACAAGAGCCCAAUGGACAGCCAAGGCAACAGCAGCAGCGAGGCCUGGGACAAUCAGGGGCUCCCAAGCCCCCUCAGUCAAAGCCACGCCACCAGCCCAGAGACGGACUACCAGUACUGUGACCCCUCAAUGUCUCCUCCGCUGCACCCCUCCAAGAGGCACGCCCCCAACCCCCCACCUAUCAGCAAUCAGGCCACAAAAGGCAAACGGCCCAAAAAAGGAAUGGCUACAGCCAAGCAGAGACUGGGGAAAAUCCUGAAACUCAACAGACACAGUCGUGUCUUUGUGUAACACUCCAAAAACAUCAGAGGCAGAAGAGAAGUUGGGGAUGAAUUCUUGAAGAAGAAAAAAAAGAAACAUUUGUGUAUUUGUUACCAGACACUUUUUGUGCUGUAGAGAAUGGGGAUUUAAAAAAAAAAAAAAAAAAA